GCGGCAAUACGUUUACGUGUCUCCACGGAAACGGUCGUGUUCAAGGUUCGCUCGUAUUUUUCACAUGACUUUUUCGAUAAUGUUUCAAUUCAUUCUAUAGGCACGUAAAUCGUUUGUUGUGCUUCUAAAAGUGGUGCCUCUAAUCUAAUUAAUGAAUUUGUUUUUUAAACGUUCUUAUUUUUCGGCUGAAACGUUUUCAAAUUAAACAUAAGAUUGAAACUUCAUUACAAACAAAUAAUUUUAUAGACUUCAGUACGCUGGAGAAGUUGAGAAUACGAACAAGAAUUUUCAUUGCUGUUCUUAUAUAAGUUAAUAUUACAAUGGAGUCGGAACUCGAAAAAGUUCUAGAUAUUGCUGGUCACGGGCGGUACAACAUAAUGGUGUUACUGGUUAGUAGCACCAUUCACUUAGCGUCGAUCCUGGAUUUGCUCGGCUUCUGUGUCAUCGUCCCGGCUGCGGCAUGUGACUUGAAGUUAGGAAUGAGAGAGAUCAGUCUACUUACGUCCAUACCUUUUGCAGGUUACCUUUCCGCGUUGCCAUGGGGCUACUAUGUUGACACGCACGGUAGAAGGAAGGCUAUAUUAAUAUCAACAUCAGUGGGUGCCGUUUUCGCUACACUAACAACUUUCUCGACAUCUUUCACGAUGAUGCUGGUUUUGAAACUACUUGGAUGUCUCUUUUCCACAGCUUCAAUAACGCUUUCGAUAACUUAUUUGGGGGAGUGCACGGGAACGAGGAACAGGACUAGAUACCUGUUAAUCCUCAACUGUUUCAAUCUAAUAUCUGAUUUCAUUUGCUACGCACUGGCCUACUUAAUAUUGGGCCUACAAUUCGAAAUACCUCUACCCUGGUUGGCCAUAACAUUCCGUCCUUGGCGAUUGCUGACUCUGGUCAUGGCAGUAAUGCUGGCUGUUGGAGGCUUCGUUAUCUUCUUCCUGCACGAGAGCCCCAAGUUUCUGGCGACCAAAGGACGUGUCGACGAAGCCUUGGAGGUUAUGAAGACAGGAUACGGCCUCAAGGACCGCGACGUGGAUCUUGUGAAAUCACUACUCACCGUUACCAAGGAUACGGGAAACGAACGAAAGCUGCCCUUUAUGAUGUCAUUAUGGCAGCAGACGGCGCCCAUCUUCAGUAGACCGUAUUUGAUGAAGACUCUACAGCUUUUCUUUCUUCUAGCCGUCUGUACUAGCACUAACAACGUUUUCUACAUUUGGUUCCCGACCAUUGUCAACUCGUUCUACAACGCACCGUCCAAUGCCACGGCGAGCUUCUGCGAUAAAAUAACAUCGAACAUCACUGCGGACGUACAUUUAGGGGAAACAUGCAAUGACGUCAUCGCCGACAACACCAUAUUUUCUGGGAUGGCGUUCAGUUUGUUCUUCACAAUUAUCAACUACAUCGCCUCUAUGAUCACAUCGUGGAGGAAGAGCGUACUCGUUGGUACCUUGCUCAUAUCCGGCAUGAGCACUGUCGUGGUGGACCUAGUUGAGCAGCCAGUGAUCAGCUUGUUGCUGUUCAUACUGAUCCAGCUGGUGGGCUUGUCGGCUGGGAACGUCGCGUCUUAUUUUGUUGACGUAUAUCCUACGUCAUUCAGAGGUCUUAGCACCAGUCUGGGGUCAAUGUUUGCUAGGAUGACGGUGAUGGUCGGUAUCAAUAUAGUGGGCAGUACAAUAGUGCAGCACUGUCGAGCCACGUUCUUAAGCUGGUCCAUUUUUGUAUUUGUGGGAAUGGUAGUCGCUUGCUUCCUGCCCAAGGAAACCACCACAACCAGAAACCCAUUAUUUUACGGGCGCUGUUCCAACUGCAUAAAAAAAUGGCUUAAAGUGACGCAACCGACGGGUUCGACGAGAACGAUGACCUGUGCUUGAGGCACGUAAAAGCACCGUUAGUGGAUUGGGAGGAUCCGAAAUGACGUGUUUUGGGCGACGUCGACUGCUUUCCAUUCGGCUCGCGGGAUCGGGAAUGUAGUGACGCGCGACUGAACAAACACAUGUAUGUUUCUUCUUGGCCGUUCGCCAUCUUUGCGAGCUGAGAAAUCGUAGAUAGAAUGUCGUAAAGUGUAAUAUUUAAAUUUGUCACAUCAAAGGUUUAUAUUUACGUAAGCGUCAUUGUGAUAAUAAAUAAAUAAAAUAUACAAUUUGAAAAAAA